UCACUUCAGUGAAGAUUUCUAACUGGAAUUUACAAAUGGCACGAGUCACAAGCAGACUGGCGCAACAACAGAGGGGAGUGAAAGAAGAGAUGCCCUCUCUUCCUUCGGGGGCAGCAACCCUGCUGCUGCGGCUGCCAGAGGAGCGUUGGGGCGGCCGGGAGCACUGCUGUAACAUCAACAUCAGAGCUGACAUCUUGUUACUGUUUGUUUAUAAAAUAUCAGAAAGGGCAGAGAAAUUUUAA